GGCGCUAUCGUCGUGUUAUCUGACACUAGACGCACAGAGGCUAUGUUGUUGGAGAAUAACGCGAGAGGAAAACGUUUCUAGCGUGCGAUGCGAUUAACAAACGUUACACGAUACUUUGAUUUGAACGAAGGGGACAGGGCUUGACGAGGAACGAGGAUUAAUUUCACCUCUCGUUAUGUGGUUCGGUAGCUAUGAAAUCACAUCGAUACGCCUCGCGUUAUACACCAUUUCUCCCUUCUACUUGGCCCGCGUUAUCGAUUGUUACGAACGCGCCACCUGAUAAUGCGUUAAAUGUGCACUUCUUUUAACCGAAAUCGCAUAUCCUUGAAUUUACUCGUCCGAAAGAGCGAGCGUCGUCUAAUCGGACUUAUCCGCGCCAUGCGAAAUUGACGUGCGCUUUGUACACUGUGGUGGCAUGGAGAUAUGCCAGAUGCUGGGAUAUCUAUCCAAACAUAUCAGCAUGAAAGUGGAAGACUAAAAGCUCGAUAGAAUGGAAUCCAGGAUGCCCGUAAAGUACGACGAUUCUUAAGUUCAGGAUGGAAAUCAGAAAAGGGCCUUGGUCGAAAAAGAUCCUAGUUCCAGCCUGCUUUUUGGUAAUUCUAAUCUGGAUCUUUCUAAUCGACAAUUCGUUACUCCUCGCUGGCCUGUCUGGUAAACCAACCUUACAAAAACCCAGAAAUUCCGUUUCAUCUACACACACACACAAUCAGUAUCCGGACCGUCUCUAUAUGAAGGAAUCCUCUAUGAUAAACGAUGUCGUAUCGAAACACUCAAAGGUAUCGAAACUUCAAGUGGUGUCACUUUGGACAGGCAACAACACCGUUAAAGGAAACACGGCCACCUUGCGCAAGUAUCAGAUCUUGAAACAGCAAGGCUUAACGCCCAGCAAACAAUUGCCAACUGCGUUGAUAAUCGGCGUCAAGAAGGGCGGAACCAGAGCGUUGUUAGAGUUUCUAAGGCUUCAUCCCGCUAUUCGUGCAGCUGGCUCCGAAGUGCAUUUUUUCGAUCACCAUUACGUCAAAGGAUUCUAUUGGUAUAGACACCGGAUGCCCCCAACAUUGUCCACUCAAAUCACAAUGGAGAAGACGCCAUCUUACUUUGUGACCAGCGAGGUGCCAAGAAGAGUUCAACGAAUGAACCCUGCGAUGAAGUUAAUCCUUGUAGUGAGGGAUCCUGUCACUCGAGCUAUAUCCGACUACACGCAAGUGAGAAGUAAACGGGCCAACAUGCCCAAGUUCGAGGACCUAGCGUUUCUGAACGGAUCGCGAAUCGUGGACACCUCUUGGGUGCCGCUGAAAAUUGGCGUGUACGCGCGACAUCUGGAAAGGUGGCUCCGCUACUUUCCAUUGUCGCAAUUUUUAUUCGUCUCUGGCGAGAGACUAAUCGUCGAUCCUGUCGCCGAGAUGACGAGGGUGCAGGAUUUCCUAGGCUUGAAGAGAGUUAUAUGCGAGAAACACUUUUACUUUAACGCUACCAAGGGUUUCCCCUGUCUGCUCAAAUCUGAGGAACGUCCUACUCCCCAUUGCCUUGGUAAGAACAAGGGUCGUAGCCAUCCUUACAUAGACCCCGUAGCCAUACAACGAUUAAGAGAUUUUUAUCGUCCAUUCAACCAACGCUUCUAUCAAUUGACGGGAAUGGAUUUCGGUUGGUUGUGAGUAAUGCAACAAGUAAAUAUACAUAUCGAACAUAGUCCAGUAAAAAAAUAGUCAAUUUUAUCGAGAUACUGUACGCACGCGCGAACGCCCAUUAGCUUGCACAGACGAGUAAUCAGCUAAAAAGUAAUGAUGUGUUUACUCGUUACAUUUGUUUCUAUCUGUUGCGAUACUUCGUACGACUCGAAAUAUUUUUGUACGCGACGUAAAGCGAAAUGACAUUAUUUUAAUGUGUUGACAAUAUUCCAAGCGAUUCCUAUUCUUCUUUGUGAUAUUACUUUAAUUAAUGGUAUAAGUUUCACGGUUACAAUCAAUGUUAUUUAUUGUAUGUAUACUUUUCGUAUACAUAUCUAUAUUUUAUACAUGACACAAUGAAACGUUAUUGUAAACUCGAUUCUUAGUUAUAAGAUUAACUUUAAGUUAUAUCUUCCAGACAGCUAUUCUCAUAGUUUUCGUGUAUGGAUAUAUAUCAUUGUAUUAAUAAUGAAAUAAUUUAAAGCUUUUUAAGGUAUUAUUGCCAAUUGAAACGUGUGAUACUUUGAAUAUUUUUAUUGUUAUUUGUUAUAUGUCUAUACGUAUAGUGUGUUGUGCAUUUGCAUUAACGUUAACAUUAUAAAACAUCGUUAAUAUUAAGCCGAAGCAUGUAUCGAAGAGACACGUAAUUUCGGAUUUUGAUAUAGAAGAGAAAAUGAAAUGGACAAUUUAUCAUACGAUAGUUCAUGGAAUUUUUAGUUUGUAAUUUUCAAUAACGUCAAUUAGAAAUUUCUAACGACCCAAGUUACCGAAAUAUUUCUAAACUGUACAAAACAUAUAAUUAUUUUCUUGCACAAACUAUAAACUGAAUUCAUUUGUAUUUUGGGAAGGUGCACGUAACCACAUAACCUAAAGUAACAAUUUGUACAAAUUUAAUUAUAAAAUUAAGUAAGUUCCAAUCGGAUAUUAGUCCAACGAUAGCCGUUAAUUAUUAGAGCCUAUUCGAAACGAACCAUAUCUUUGCAAAUUAGUCUUCUAUUAUUAAAGAUAUUUCCUAUUAAUAGUAAACUCACGUAAUUUGUAGCUCGAUGAAUUAUGCGAAACAUAUCGUCGAGUAGUUAAGUACACGUUAAGUUACUUUGCUCAAGUGGCCUAACUAAUCUAUUUAUGAAAUAAAACUCUGUAAAGAAAGAGUAAUACAAAUAAAAAUUCAUACUGAUGUUUCAGUCAAAUU